AUGAUUAGAAUAAAAUUAUCAAUUCACAAACAUCCUUUGUAUCCUGCUCCUUGGGUUACCAGAUGCACUGGUUGCCGUUGGUCAGGUGGUUACCGCAAAGACGGCUAUCGUUGCUAUGAGUGUAACAUGUUCUUUCACAAAGAAUGUGCAGAGACAUCCUUAGAGAUUCACCACUCAUCUCAUCCUAUUCAUCCUCUCUCUCUAGUUUUGGAGGCGCCCAAAGCGAGAUACUGUAAGUUAUGUGGACAGAGUUGGUUGUAUAUGUUUUACCAUUGUUCUAUAUGUGAUUUCGUUGUUGAUACGGCUUGUGCCAAAAACCCACCACCGAAUGUUAUUGAAUAUCCCAAAGCCCAUGAACACUCUCUUGUUAUCGCGACGAAGAGUUUUUAUGUUCCCAUAUGUGAUUUUUGUGGAGAGCAAAUUCGUGGAAGAAACCAUUAUAGAUGUUCUCAAUGUGGAUUAGAAUUUGAAAUCGCGUGUUCUAUGCUUGCUUUAGAGAUAUAUUACCCUUAUCACCCUAAACACCCCCUUAAGUUCCUCACUAGGGAAGAACAUUAUUUCUCUGAUGGGAAAUGUCGUAUAUGUGGAAAUGAGCUAAGACGAAAAUUUUAUCAUUGUCCAAUCUGUAAAUUUAGUGUGGAUAUUGGUUGUGUGGGGGAUCCCCCACCGCUUGCAAUCUCAUUUCCCAAGGCUCAUGAACAUCAACUUACCCUUAUACCAAGGAAAAUCUCUUUUGAUUGUGAUGCUUGUGGGGAGGCUGGUGAUCGGAGUCCUUAUUCAUGCCAACAAUGCGAUGUCAUGAUCCAUCAAAGCUGUACUGACCUACCGGAGAUCAUCAAUAUCAAUCGUCACGAGCAUCGUUUAGAAAGACGUCUUCAUCUAAAUCCUAGGGCUCGGGUAUGCGAAUUUUGCCACAAAAGCGUUGACUGGUCUUAUGGGUCGUAUUCUUGUUCGAUUUGUCCUGAGUAUGUCCUCCAUUCUAAAUGUGCAAUACGGGAUGAUUUAUGGGACAAGUUAGAACUCAAGGGGAUACCUGAAGAACGUGAAGAAAUCGAACCAUUUAAGGUGAUAGAUGAAAAACUAAUAUGUCAUUUUAGUCACGAGGAACAUUAUUUGCAACUCAAUGGGGAAAUUAUCAUAUCUGGUGGAAGCAUUCGUUGUGAAGCAUGUGUAUUGCCUAUAUAUUCUCAAGAGUUCUACAGCUGCGUGCAGUGCGAUUUCAUUCUCCAUAAAACAUGUGCUUGUCUUCCUCGGAAGAAACGGCAUUUUUAUCAUGACAAGCCAUUAACUUUAAUAUGUGGUGACAUGAUAGAGCGUGGUUGCUCAAUGUGCGGCAAAUAUUCUGGAGGUUUCAAGUAUACCGACUUUCGGGAUAUUAAUAUAGAUGUUACGUGUGGCACACUUUCUGAAUAUGUCAUGCAUGAAAGUCAUCCAUGCACAUUGUACUACUACAAUUACGAGAAGGUUAUAGGAUGCGCUUCUUGCAAUGAGUUGGAGUAUGAACAGUAUGGUUGCGAAGACUAUCGAAUCGAAGAGAUCUCUCUAGCUCUCAAAAAUGGCGGCGAAACCGAUUGCGAGUCCGAUUGCGGUGGCGAUGUACCCGACUUUAUCGGUGUUCACUCUGGCGAUUGGCCUCGUCAUCACCGCUUUCUUCUUCAUCUAUGAAGCUACAUCAUCCAGGAAAAACCGUAGUCUCGGGAUGGAGCUCGUGACUGCGGCUGUAGCAUCUGUUUUCUUGGGAUUUGGAUCGUUGUUUUUGCUACUUGCUAGUGGUGUUUAUGUCUGAUCCUUCUUCCUCAAUACUAUUCACAACUAGUUUCAAUGAACAAAUAAAAAAAAACAGACUUUUAUUUUCUGCCAAUUUAAAUCAAGAGUUAUGAACGUUAGAGACUUUUGAUUGUCUUUCUGGACUUUAUAACGCUAAACGGAGUUUCGAUGUGGCCUUCUAUUAUUAU